AUGGCAUCACAAAAAUUCCUACAUCUGAGCCUAACCAGCCCGCAGCUUGCACUGAGGGCGAGCUUCGAGGCGCACGAGCUAACGGAGUUCCGGCGCGCGCUCCGGAAUGGGGCCGGCGUGAAUGUGCGCGAUCGGGAUGCCACGUACUCCAUCUUCGAGCAGGCUUGCCGUACACCCGGAAAGAAAGAUUUCAUCAAGGCUUGCAUCUACCAUGGAGCCCUUGUGGCGGAGGAAAAUCCCGUAUCCAAAGAGUAUCCGAUACACAUUGCGGCUUUGUCGUUCGAUAGCGAAAAUCUCUCAGUGCUGCUCGAAACCGACCGGCUGUACGUGGACCAAAAGUACGAAGAUCGGACGGCGCUGUAUUUGCUCUGCGAGCAAAUAUCAGCUGAUAACUGGCAGUCGGUGUUCGAGUGCCUAAAGCUACUGCUAAAGUAUCAGGCCAACAUAAACGCAACCAAUGAGGCAAAUGUGUCGCCGAUAGCACUGCUGGCGAGCGGUAGUGACCCGUGGCGAAGGACCGUCGUCGAGUACUGCCUGAACAACUACAGCGUGAACGUUGAUUUAAGGCGCGGCCAGGCCCGGAAGGCGAUCGAGAAAAACUUUCCCAACCUGCACAUCCCGGCGUACGACAUGGAGACGGUGACGGUGGAGAUCCUGCGCAGCAGACUAUCCGCCGGGACGGAGGAUGGAUUUCUCGAGGAGUACGAAAAGUUUUGCACCCAAAGUGGCGAGCAAGGUAUGCGGGAGGACGAUCGCAAAGAAUUGCUUGCGGUGGCCGUGCACCGUGCCAAACUGCAGGCGGCAAAGAAGUUGGUAGAGACGCAGCUGGAGGGAGGAAAAUUCAUCGGACCUUCGAAGCUACUGUCGGGGCUGCUGGCAAACUGCUGCAUACGGGGUAAUGUCCGUGUGCUGGAGUGGUUGCUGGAGAUCAUUCCGGCGCAUGCGGUAGCGUUAGUAAACGAAGAUCCGCUCCUUUCGAUGCUCGUGAAAGAGAUCGAUGUGUACAAGGAUAAAAACAAGUGCCCGUUCUUCCGCAGCAUGGGCAUCUUGCUGAACGACCCACGGAUCGAGAUCGACAAAAUCGACGUCAAACAGUUCUCGGCGCUGCACUACGCGGUUAAGUUUAAGAUCGAUCACGCACAGGAACUGCUACUCGCCAAGGGCGCCUACGUCGGUGGGGAAGAUUUGUACGGCGAGCUACCGAUAAGCGACAUGGAUCCGUUCCUGCUCGAGAAACAUCUGGACUCGUGCGUGUCGAGUAACGAGCGGAAACCUGGCGAUGAAGACUACGAGCUGAAGUUCGACUUUUCAAACUUUGUCCCACCGAAGCACAAGCCGAACGCUAGCGAACCGGUGGGAAAAUCUGUCAGCGCACUCCCGUACGAAGACGAAAUGUUACCGAUCGUGCGGAUGGCACAAUCGUCGGACAACAAGCGUUUGCUGCGCCAUCCCGUCAUAUCGAGCAUUUUGCUGAUGAAAUGGUACAAGUUGAGCAUUUUCUUCUACCUGAAUCUGCUGGUUUGCACCAUAUUCUUCGUAUCGUUCAUCUUCUUCGUAGUGUUCUGCUAUGGGCGGGAUGAUGCCCCGUUCAAGGUACUAUUUCGCGGGCUAUCGCUAGUCGGACUGGUGUACCUUAUUCUGCGCGAGCUGAUACAAUUCCUACUGAACAUGCGCGUGUACGUGCGAUCGGCCGAAAACUACAUGGAGCUGCUGCUAAUUUUCGCCUCCAGCACGGUGCUAAUUUAUGAGUUUGGCACCGAAACCCGGCGCGUCGCGUCUGCCUGUGUGAUUUUGCUGUCGGCAUUGGAGUUUACACUGCUCGUCGGCACCCUGCCCGUGCUCUCCAUCUCAACGCACAUGGUCAUGCUGAAAACAGUGUCAAAAAACUUCCUCAAGUGCCUGGUGCUGUACUCGAUCAUUUUGCUUUCGUUUGCAUUCAGUUUCUACACCCUGUUCCGGGUGAGCGACAACGGGAAUGCAACGGCUACCGGCGCCCCAACAACCCAGGACAAGGCGGACGAUGGCGAAGACGAUCAGUUUAAUCAGUUCGGCGAGAUCCCGCUGGCCCUGAUGAAGACGGCCGUGAUGUUGACCGGCGAAUUUGAAGCCGCAAACAUUAAGUUCCAGCAGUCGAGCUUGAGUUACAUCAUAUUUGCGCUCUUUCUGUUCUUCGUGUCGAUUGUUUUAUUCAAUCUGAUGAACGGUUUGGCCGUGAGCGACACAACGACCAUUAAAGCCGAAUCUGAGCUCAUCGGUAUUGUUCAGAAAGUGUUUGUCAUCUACAAGUAUGAAAACGCGCUGAAAACAUCCAAACCGAUAAGGUUUAUUAUGGACUGGUUGUCGUGCCUGUUCUCUUCCAAUAGCUUGCAGCUCUUCCCAAACCUCGUACCGCUGAAGUACAUAACCAUCAAACCGAACCAGUCUAACGCCAUCCUGAUCAAGUCAUUGGUGGAGCGACAGGCAAGCAACAACCUGGAGAAAGGAGAUGUAGAAUUGGGCAAAUACUCGGAAGCUGAGCGUUUACUAUAUCGAACCGACAAGUUCGGCAACGAGUGCUGCAUAAUGCCGUGCUUGAGGUACAACAUGGAUGGGAAGAUUGUAAAAUAUGCUCUGGAAAUUUUACACUCCCGACAGGAAAACGUUGGCUCGAUCGAGUACAGGGUUUCGCGUAUAGAACAGAACAUCGAUCGGUUGUUGCAGGAGCAAAUUGAGAUGAGAAAGAUAAUGCAGGGUAUUGCGGAAGUGCUGCAGAAAGCGAAAAUGUGACAUAACAGGUACGAUAUCGGCGACACAGCAUUUAUGUUUGUACAUUGUUGACCCUACUCAUAAUGGAAUAUGUACUUCCGUGCCGUUGAAACUUUGGUUGAUACACGCUUCUCGCCUCUUCCAUACAUCACGAUUAACGGGUAAACAAUUCGAAAGCACGCACAAAUGAACAAACCAAAGGAAAUGAUCCAGGGCAUUAACAUACCUUCUUGUUCGGGUGCCUAACGGUUGUAUACUUUUGUUAUACUUUUCUGACAGAAUCUCACACGAUAUCGAAUAUCCGGUUUAACAAUUGUCCACGAUUCUCACAGAGUUGCAGCUAACCAUACAAUUAUUUAUUAUCGCUAUAACUUAACUAGUGCGCACUGGUUUUUGAUAAUCAUUUGUUUCAACUAUUUCAUCAUUACGACCAAACAUACAUACACCAAGAUGAUAGUGCUAUCACGAAAUGUGCUUUUAAAGUACGCUGGGUUGUGAAGAGAAUCUCGGAUCAAUUACUUUUCGAAUUUUGUAUUAACUCAAAACUCAAUGUUAUUUGUAAUAAAUGUUAGAAAAAAUGCACUAAUAAAAAGUGUCAUUACGUUGUAAGUUUGU